AAGUGUUACUAAGAUCAGCUACACUGCCUUCUUUAAUUUUGGCGAAAAACGGAGUAACUUGCUAGCUGUCGGCUGCUGCGAAAGUGAAAAUUGAAUUUAUACGACAUGGCUUCCCAGUUGUUAAUGGUAGUAUUGAGGAUUAAGGAGAGCGGUACUCCUGGACUUGACCUUCCCACAUUCCUAUCAAAAGUAGAUGGAUUCCUCAAAGGCUACCCAAAAGCUAGUCGCGUUAUCCACAAGUUCAAGGUGUGUGGGGAGCCGAAGGUUGUUGCUAUUCUGGAAGUAAACAACAUCUUGGGCCUUGAGAGGAAUAUGGGUGGUUUAUCAAGACUUGGUAUAUUUGAUGUGUCAUGCAUUCCUCUGUCACACUACGAGACAUUUGCUGCAGCACUAAAUGUAGAUCCAACUCUCACCAAAGUGUCACAACAACCUCUCAAAAAGAAAUUCAUUUUCUGGCUCAGUUUUAAUGUUGAAUAUCAAGGAAUAACAACAGCUGAGCUUUUGGAGCUUUGGCGCAAAGAGGCAACAGCGGCUUUAUCUGCUAGGGCUGCAGGGACUCAGCUUGAUGCCUACAAGGUCAUAGCUGAAAGGAAGGUGCAUGUUUUCAUUGGUACUGAUGUUCCAGAGGAUGUUGACAAAUUAUCCUUCAACCUGCCUCUGAUGCAAGAGAAUGGGGCUAAUACUCACAUUGAGUGUCGAGCAGUGCAGCACUUAGCAGACUAUACCACGAGGAUCAUGACAGAGAAAUUACAAUAAACUUCCUGAUCAUGAACGCCCAAAUUAUGUUAACAGAGAUUCAUAUGUGAUAGUCACUUAAACGUUUCAUAUAUUUCAAGUACAACAAAACCUCUAUGUUGCCUCCUUCUCAGCAAUUUUUUGUGUUUAAAAAUUCAAACUUAAGAAUAUUUAUGAAAUAAUGAUAUAUUUUGGAGGAAAACAAAAUGGCAAAUCAAGUGAGAGGCAUGUAUCAUGGUUUUACUGUAUAAUCACGAAUAUAUAUCAAUGUUAUUUUUUUUUAUUAAUGAGGCGUUGAUUAAGAGAAAUAAGUUGCUUGACUGUUAUUGGUGGAUUCUGCUAAGAUACUUAUUGUAUUAGAUUUACGUCAUAUUAAUUUGUUAAAUCCCAAUACAACCUGAACAUUAUUGACUCAAUCAUAAACGCUAUCAAUCCAAUCAAAUCAAUUGACUCAAUUUACACAAUUUUACAUCAGUCCCCUUAUCUUCUUUUAUCCCAUGAUAUAAAUCGUUAACUCUAUUUACUACAUUAACUCCACCAAGUUUAUUAAAGCUUGUUAACUCCAGCACACCGUUAAUUCCCCUCCCCAAAUAACUCACACACUUCAUUAACCUAAGUGCACAGGUAUCUAUUAGUUUCCCUUACAAAUGAAUUUGUCAUACACUGACUUUGCGAAUACAAUCAUAAUUUUAUAGAAGAAUUUUCUGAUUAUCUUAUCAUCACAGACCCAGGUGUUCUUAUAUAAGCUGCUGCUUUUUCCUCGGCAGUCAGGCGUGCGGCUCUAUAUCAAUGCAGCUUAAAUGUGGAAGAAAAAAAAAUUGCAGAAUGAAAAAAAUAAUUGAAGUGUAGGCUUCUAAGAAAUGAUAAAUCUUACUUGAAAUCUUAACAUAUACAUCAGAAGACUUCCCGUCUUCAGCUCAGGUCUGAUUUUGAGAAUGGGUAGUGUCCUCAGAGACAUUACUCCUUAUGAAUAACAGUGUUGUGAGAUCUGUGAUUCUUUAGGUUGAUUGAUAAAAAAAAAUUAAUCUGUAACAGUGUCAGAAUUAUGAAUGGCAUUUCUUUAUGUUAUUAUAGAAUUUGGUAACAUACUUACUAAAUGGAUAGCGCAGGAUUGAAGGAAGCUUUACUGAUGAUAUAGAAUCUCACUUAUCUACUUCAGAGACGGAAGACAAAAAUGUUAACUUAGAGAAUGAACAUUUAGGACAUUUAAUAUGUUGUUAUAUUUUAACCAUUACAGUGAUAUCCAGUGUAAUGUUACAACUUCCACAUUGUCAUUCAGUAAAAGUAUAUGUAUGGCCUGUGUUAUGUACUGGUAAUGAUGUCUGAUGAUGUGGCCUUGACAUUUCAGUACUGUGUAGUGUCCCUGGUAAUGAUGUCUGAUGAUGUGGCCUUGACAUUUCAGUACUGUGUAGCGUCCCAUGUUGUGAGGUUCACUUUGAUAUUAACCAUUUUUAUCUCAUAAGAGUGUGUCAUAUUAUGUGUUGUGACCUGACAGUAUUAUGAAGGUUGUAAUGUUGUGACCUUGAAAGAAAGGACAGUUGAUGUGUUGUGACUUUGAGGACAUGUAAUGCCGAGUGUUGUGACCUUGACAGUGUAGUACAUGUGACGUCCAAUAUCAGUGUGGUGACCUUGAUUUUGAUAUGACACUGUAUCAUACGAUCAAAGUGCAAGGUAUUAAUAGUGAUCUCCAUAUAGACUAAUCCCUGACAGUCGCAACUCAUUUUCCUUGCAUAUUUGUAUGUAAUGGAAUUACUUUUUUGUUGUCAUUUUAACAGUAAAACAGUUGAAGCAUUUAGAAAUAAGCUGACCUCAGCUAUUUUCCUAACAAUCUUUUAAAAAUUUUUGCACAUAGUUUCAUGGAAAUUCCAAAAAUCAUAAAAAAUGGUUACUUCUACAUGUGUUUUGUUUUUAAUACAUUUUUGCAUCCCUAUGCACACAUGCUAGGUAUACUUUUAUACCAGAAAGGUCUAGUAAAGUAAGAGCUAAUUUACAAAUGUGUCAUACAAUGUCUAACUGUGAAAGAUUCAGUAUUCGUUAUGGAUUAUUGUCGUCAACAAGUUAUUAUCUUUGUUAAUAUGUCUGUUGAAACAAAUUUUAUAUACUAAUAUGUGUUCUUAAUUUUUAAACUUUUAUCUGAUAUUAAAUUUAAUUGCAUUUUACAAGUCUACUGCCCUUACAGUCUGGUCCACCAAGUUGAUCAGAAAUUAUCAUCUGAAUUCUUCAAGCUUGGUCACGGAUAAGAACAUCAGAAGAUACUAUACGACAAGAUGUCCAAAAGGUUCUUAUAUGAAAUGCAUACAUGUCCCUUAUGUUCACAUAUUUGGAUUUUUGUGAAGAUGCAAAUUUCAAAUUUUCAAAAAACAUUCAAAGUUAUAAUUUUUCAUAUAAUACAUGUAUGUAUCUCUCAAAAAUUAUAUGUUCGUUGUCAUGACUUUUUAAAGUUAUCACCAAUGUUACAGCGAUAUAUAAUGAUCAUGUGACCUGUGUAAAUCUAUGUAGCUUUACCUUCUGUAUCACAUUAUUGCUAACUUCAUUAUGAAGUGGAUUACGUUAUGAUAUUUGUUAGACAUGUUGUGUAUUAUGAUAUUAUUAAACCAAUAACA